AUGGCAUCAGAGGAGUGCCAGGUGGGAGUGAUGCCUGUAGACUUACUUCGUAUUUCAGAUGACGGGUUCUCAACUUUUCCGAGAGCAGGAACUGGCCUUGGUUUCCCUGGAUUCUUAAGAUUUAGAGGACUGAGAGGAUGGUGUCCUCACAGCAAACCAUCCAGUGCAAAUCAUGGGAAAACGGAGAAGAGGCCACGGAACCAUCGCUGCAUCCCGGAACACACCCAAGUAGAAGCUGAAACCCCACCCUCAGACAGCGGGGCUUCCCACGUGGGACUGGUGGCGAAGAACCCGCCUGCCAAGGUAGGAGACAUAGAAACGCAGGUUCGAUCCCUGGGUUGA